UCAGUGUCUGUGUGUACUGCUUGUGCUUGUGCCUAUCCUACCCAUCUUAAGCCACCCUCUCCAACUCCCCCCUAAGCUCUAAACCCUUAAAAACCUUCCAACCCUUGUCUUGUUUCUAUCGCGCCAUUUUUCUUUUUAAGAACUCCCACUAGCCUCCCUCUUCCUCUCUCUCUUCUUCUUCCUCCAUCUCACUUUCUCUUCAUCUUUCUUCCCUCAAGUCGUGCUUCUUUUCACGGUCGCAAGUCCUACACUAUCCUCCCUCCUCCUUCUCCUCCGUCAUCCCACAAUUAGAAAAGAUGGCCUCCAACGGUAUCCACGCCCCUGCCGCCAAGGGCAACUUCUUCUUCACCUCCGAGUCCGUCGGUGAGGGUCACCCCGACAAGAUCGCUGAUCAGGUCUCUGAUGCUAUCCUCGAUGCUUGCUUGAGGGAGGACCCCCUCUCCAAGGUGGCCUGUGAAACGGCCACCAAGACCGGUAUGAUCAUGGUCUUCGGUGAGAUCACCACCAAGGCUGCUCUCGACUACCAGAAGGUCAUCCGCAAUGCCAUCAAGGACAUCGGUUAUGACGACUCCUCCAAGGGUUUCGACUACAAGACCUGCAACGUCCUUGUUGCCAUUGAGCAGCAGUCCCCCGACAUCGCUCAGGGUCUCCACUACGAGGAGGCUCUCGAGAACCUCGGUGCUGGUGACCAGGGUAUCAUGUUCGGUUAUGCCACCGACGAGACCCCUGAGCUCCUCCCCUUGACCCUCCUCCUCUCCCACAAGCUCAACUCCGCCAUGAAGGAGGCCCGUAACGACGGAAGCCUUCCCUGGUUGCGCCCCGACACCAAGACCCAGGUCACCGUCGAGUACAAGCACGAUGGUGGUGCCGUCAUCCCCCUCCGUGUUGACACCGUCGUCGUCUCUGCCCAGCACAGCGAGGACAUCACCACCGAGAAGCUCCGUGAGGAGAUCACCGAGAAGAUCGUCAAGAAGGUCAUCCCCGCCAAGUACCUCGACGACAAGACCCGCUACGUCAUCCAGCCCUCCGGUCUCUUCAUCAUCGGAGGACCCCAGGGUGAUGCCGGUCUCACUGGCCGUAAGAUCAUCGUCGACACCUACGGUGGUUGGGGAGCCCACGGUGGUGGUGCUUUCUCCGGAAAAGACUACUCCAAGGUCGACCGUUCCGCCGCCUACCUCGCCCGCUGGAUCGCCAAGUCGCUCGUCAACGCCAAGUUGGCCCGCCGUGCGCUCGUCCAGCUCUCCUACGCCAUCGGUGUUGCCGAGCCUCUCUCCAUCUUCGUCGAGACCUACGGCACCUCCGACAAGUCCUCAGACGAGCUCGUCGACAUCAUCCGUGCCAACUUCAAGCUCCGCCCCGGCCAGAUCGUCAAGGACCUCAACCUCACCAACCCCAUCUACAACACCACCGCCAAGAACGGUCACUUCACCAACCAGAGCUUCACCUGGGAGCAGCCCAAGACUCUGCAAUUCUAAUUGUACCAUAAUGUGUACUGCAUGAGUGGCAUGAAUCAACUUCAUCCACGAGGUCAAGAUUAAUGAUUGAUAUGAUAUGCAUAUCUUUGGCGGGUCCAUUUCGUCUUUCAACAAGUUCGGCGUCGGGAAGGGAUAUACCCUUGAUACACUUUUUUUCAUUUAAAAGUCAUUCGGGCCUUUUAAUCAUCUUAUGGAAAAGGCUUUUCCCGAGUCAUUCAACAUCACGUUAUAGAGAGUCUCCUUUGUUGGGGGAUCGUUAGUGAUCCCCCGUUGCGAAUACCCUGCUCAGCGAUGAGUGGAGCGGAAUAUCAACAUUCCCGGGUGCGGGAUAUAAACGCGUGGGCGUCGGUGGCAUCUGAUGCGAUUUUUUACAUCGUUAGAGAUGAAGACGCACGCAACGCAGGUACCGGGCAGGAUAGCCACGGUCUUAGUAGGACAAAUGAACAUAUUCAACCU